GCUUGUUGAAGCAAGAUGAGUGUAGUGCGAGACAGGAAAUGUUAUAGAAAGAGUGCAAGCACAAAGAAGAAAGAACAUCGUUCCGUUCUCCCACAAAAUAUAAAAAUGUUGUUUUGUUUUGGUUUGAAAAAUUCAAUUUGUAUCGGGGUGUAUUUCAAUUAAAACUAUUAAUAUCGUUGCAUACGUGAGUGAGUGACUAACACUUGCCUGUUCUUCCGUUUGUGGGAAUAUCAUUAUAGAUUUCCAAAUAUGUCUAAGUUGUCUAUCGCAAAUGAAGUGCUGGAGAAGCUGCGAUGUUCCCUCUGCAAGGAGUAUUUAUCACAGCUGCCGGUUUAUAUCUAUCCAGGUCAAGAGGGAACAGCCUGUGGUCGAUGUCCUGUGCUAAGCGAACAGAACCCAAUACGGGAUACAACCUAUGAAAUCAUAGCGCAAUAUUUAUACUUCCCUUGUCGUUACAAUCCCUAUGGUUGUUUGGACAACGUCUUGGCAGUUAAUAUGGAAAAUCAUGAAGCGUCGUGUUCAUUUAAACAAUAUUUUUGUCCUUUUAUUCCAUUAGCGUCUUGUCCAUGGCAAGGACCAUCGAAUGAGCUAUUCUCUCAUUACGAAGAGCACCAUAAAGUACUUGCUUUACAAUCACCGGUUUUUGAGGUGGACUUGGUAAACAUGUACGAAGACAAUUACAUGUUACUUCAUAGAAAUGAAACGUUCCUUAUUCAUGCAAAAUGUGAUUCGAAGGAAAAAGCUUUUUGGUGUUCCGUACGUUAUAUCGGUAAUAAAAAAGCAGCAAAACAAUACUUAUACCAGGUCGAAUUAAAGAAAUCGAAUUCAAUUGAAAAUGUGACACUUUCCAAGAAAGUUGUGGAAUCUGAUUGUUCUAUGUGCUUAGACAAGAACACUGCAGUUUGCGUAAAAUCUGAUGAGAUUAGAAAAGCAUUGGGUGAUCCAGGUUCUAUGCUUUGUAGCAUUUCCAUUACGCCAAAUGAACAAGUAGCUACAGAUUCAACUGAUUGCUCAGGUGUUAAAAUUACUACCAAAAUCAAUUCUCCCGAUGUUGACCAUAGCCUUCUUUUUGAACUCGAGUGUCCUGUUUGUCAUGAAUACAUGGUACCCCCGAUUCACCAAUGCAUUGCUGGACAUAGUAUCUGUGGGACAUGUAAAACACAAGUGAAAAACUGUCCCACUUGCCGCGAAGGAAUACUUGAUACACGUAAUUUUAGCUUGGAGAAAAUGACCAGCUUCAUAAAUUAUAGUUGUAAGUACAGUGACUUUGAUUGCCCAUUUGUAUCAUCUGGGAAAGAAAUUAAAGCGCACGAAAGCACCUGCAAAUAUGGACCUUAUCUUUGCCCCUUUGAGCAGUACGAUGAUUGCAAGUGGAAGGGAAGAUUAUCCGAUGUAAUGGAACAUGCCAGAAACCAUCACGAAGAUGGUAUUUUGGAUGUUGGUUAUGUUACAUUCCCUUUCCAAGAGGAUGUUGACUAUUGUGAUGGAGAUUGCUUUUUAAUGCAAGCGCAUAAUGCAUUAUUUAAAUUGAUUUUUAAAUAUGACGAAAAGAAUUUUUAUUGGUCUAUGCAGUAUGUAGGUCCUCCAGAAGAGAGCAAGAAUUAUAUGUAUGAAAUAGAUAUUUGUGAUAAUUCUGAAUUUAAUCAGAGGUUGUACAUAAAACGAAAGUGUAGUAAUCUUAUUGAGAAUGAUGUGGAAGCUUAUGAAGAUCAUAAUACAUCCAUACAAUUACCACUAGCUGCAAUAUGUUCUUUAUUGAAUGAAGGAAAUUUGGUUUAUAAGUGUCGCAUUGUCAAAGUCUAAUUGCUCUGUAUUAAGAGAGACUGAAAAGGUAUUAGUCUAAGAGCUCGCGACGCAAACCAUUACCAUUCAAAUAGCAGCAUAAAACGUAUACAUGAACAAGUAUUGGAGGUCGCCAUAUACGAAAGGCUCGGUCUGUCGGACCGCAUUUAACCGGAAGGUAAACAAAUUCAAUUGUUUAUUUGUAUAUUUCAUAAGAAGUCAUUACUUUUAAGAAAAGCAGGUCAUAUGUGGUACCAAAUUAAAGCUCUUGACGUCAGCUGCACAAAUAACUCGGUCUGUCGGCAGGCAAAUAGCCGGAAGUCAUUGACAGACCGACAUUUAAUCUGCUGCUAGAAGCCGACUUCAGUUAGUUAUAAAUUUCUACGGUCAUUUUAGCAGACUAAAUGUCGGUCUGUCAAGGACUUCCGGCUAUUUGCCUGCCGACAGACCGAGUUAUUUGUGCAGCUGACGUCAAGAGUUUUAAUUUGGUACCACAUAUGACCUGCUUUUCUUAAAAGUAAUGACUUCUUAUGAAAUAUACAAAUAAACAAUUGAAUUUUUUACCUUCCGGUUAAAUGCGGUUCGACAGACCGAGCGUUUCACAUAUGGGGACCUCCAAUACUUGUUCAUGUAUAUGUUUUAUGUUGCUAUUUGAAUGGUAAUGGUUUGUGUCACGGGCUCUUAGAAUAUAUUUCCUGUUUAAAAGAGUAACAAAAAUUAUGUUUUAAUGCGUUUGUUUUGUACAGGUUUCUGAGUAGCCUGGUUAAGGUAACGACAACCUUUUUUUUAUAAUGAAAACUACUAAUGUAUAUUAUUUUGCCAGUUUGUAAUAAAACAAUGAAAAAUAAA